CAUUCUACACACCUGGUGCUAAGUCGCCCCGUACACAAAACGCAUCAAAAUGGCCGAGAAGGACUUUGACAAGACCGGCGCGUCCGCCGCCAAGACCCACAAGAUCCGCAUCACGCUUACCUCGCGUAACGUGAAGAACCUCGAGAAGUUCUCGGCGGACCUCAUCAACCGCGCCAAGGACCGCGACCUGCGCGUCAAGGGCCCCGUGCGCCUCCCGACCAAGGUGCUCAAGCACACCACCCGCAAGUCGCCUUGUGGUGAGGGUUCCAAGACUUGGGACCGCUACGAGAUGCGCAUCCACAAGCGCCUCAUCGACCUUACGUCGUCGGCCGAGGUCGUCAAGCAGAUCACGUCGAUCUCGCUCGAGCCCGGAGUCGAGGUCGAGGUCACCAUUGCUGCUUAAGCGAGUCGAUGUACCUUUGGUUAUCUCUGGCGGUAUGGGAGGGGUGGGAGAGAAUUUCGGACUGAUGACUGACGCUGGCGGCCUGGUGGGCGGAAGAGGUCUUGACACGUCAGGCGUGGGCUCAGGUGUCUUUUUGCACGCGCAGUACUGAGCUUUGCUAUUCAUUGCACUCCAUGCUACAGACCCUUCUUUAGCAGG